AUGCAUAAUCUUAUGGAUGAACACGAUUACAAAAAAAUGAUACGAUUUAUGAAAAAAUCGUAUCAAUCAUUUUGUAAAGAAGUUGUAGAAAUAACAAAACCUUUUAUUGACAACAUAGAUUUUUUACUAGUUAAUUUCCCGUAUUUUAAAGAAAUAGAAAUGGUUUCUAAAUAUUUUAUGACACAAAAUGAAGACUUUAAUCAUGUAUUUAUAGCAAAAUUUUAUUCAUUUUCAAAUAUAAUUUUUUACAAUCCCGAAUUAAUUUGUGAAAUGGACAAUUAUGAUAGCAUAAGCGUAAAUAAGUUAAAACUGUGGGAUGGUGUAUUAGGAAGGAGUGGAAGAAAAAAACUUAGAAGGUCUUGGGUUAGAUGUAAAGGAUUAGAGACUGAUGAUACAGAGAUAUAUACAUUAAAUGAUAAAGAAGUGGUACUGAGAUUAUUUUUUGAUAUUAUUAACUAUCAUUUUAAAAAAAUGAAAAAGGUUGUUUUAGAUCAUAUUAAUAUAAAAAAAGUCUUAGAAUAUUUGUAUAUUGAUGAUUCUCUUAUGGAUAGAAUAUUAAAUAUUGAACAUACAUCAAUUUUUAAAGGUAUAGACAAUGUAUCAGAAAUGUUUAUAAAAAGUGAAAAAUAUAAUUUAUUAGAAAAAUAUUAUGAAAAUGAACAUGAUGUAGUAAAUGACAAUCUAGACACUGAUAGGCUUACAUAUUUAUUUUUAAUUAAUCCACAUUUCUUAGAGUACAAAACUAUUUACAAUGUGUUAAAACUUAAAGCGAGACAUAUUCCUGUUUAUGAAAAUUUUAUAUUAAAAAGAGGAGAUUAUUAUUCUGAUAAGGAGAUGAUUUGUUCUGACACAAAGUAUUAUCUUUAUUUAUCACUUCUGAAUAUUAACCCACCCGAAGUAUUUUUUACUUUUCCUUUAGUCACUGAAAAGAUGAUAAAUCUUUGGUUCUUAGAUGCAGAAAAUGCUUUCAUACUUUUCAAUAAUUUUAAAUUUAUAGAUAAAGACAUUUUGCAUUCAAAAAUUUUUGAAAGAAUACAAAAUGCAUACAGGAAUGGUCUUAGUGAAAGUGUAAAGAGUAAGCCCAAGGUGAAUACUAUCUUUUCAUUUUGUAGAAAAUUACUAAAAAAAGAUAUGCUCUCAUUUAUUAGCUAUCACGAGACAGAUAAAAUUAAUGAAUAUAUUGAUGAAUGUUUCGAUGACUCUUUUAUGCGGUAUAUUUGUAAACUUGUUAUUGAUGAAGUCCCUGUUCUAAAUAUUUUUGAAAAGCAGAGUAAAGAGUAG